AUGCAACGACAACGAGGGCAAGCCACAAUGACUUUCUCGGAAGCCGAGAGGAGGAAAAAUCUUCGGGAAGAUUGGAUUUUUUGCGGCGUCAUUUUAUUUUACGUGAUCCUAGUUACAGUUAUCAUCACAUCUUACGUCAGUCAAGAUCGAUCCUGCGAUUGCAUUGGAAAAGGCUGCUUUCCGGAAAUUGAAGAGCGCUCGAUUUUACAGAAAAACUUCGAUUUCAAGAACUGCUCGACUUCGUUGAUGCUUACAACUACUGAUAUUGAUAUUUCAGAUAACCAGCUGACUACAUCUUGGCUCAGAGAAUACAUCACCGACUCGACUGUUGUUGAUAAAUUUGAAAUUUAUUGCUAA